CCUGCAAAGAUAAAAGGAAAAAUCAGUCCGAGAGAACAGCUCGGCGUGCUUAUCUACUGAUUUAAUGGGCAGCGACAAAGACUUCAGUGCCGCAUGGAGCCCGGAUAUCCUUCAUGUGACACGAUGGACGAUCCGCACUGCUCACAAGGAUCUGGAGAGCUUCACUGUUUAUAACUCUUCGAGAAAAUUUCUGAAACUUUUGAUACCUCUUGGACAACAGCAGAUGGAUCACUCAUUCCAUCCAGCACAUUUUCACGUUUUCACAGAAAGCUAUUUGGAUAACAAAAUGAAACCUGCAAAGCUGCACUUUUGGAUUCUGGGUUGGUUUACCAUGGCAUUAUGUUGUUGGUAUACUUCAGAGGCAUUUACUCAAAGUGACAUCCGCUCUCAUCCAUGGAAAAAGCUGUAUUUUGCUCAUCAUUGGCCAGUGACUGUAUGUAAGAUGAAUGCUAAUGAUUGUCAUGACCCACCAAAGUACUGGACAAUCCAUGGACUGUGGCCUGACAGAGCUGAAGACUGUAAUAGAACAUGGCAUUUCAAUGUCACCGAGAUCAAGGAUCUUAUGUCAGACAUGAGACAGUACUGGCCUGAUGUGCUUCAUUCAUCUCUGAAUCGCACCCAGUUCUGGAAACAUGAGUGGGACAAACAUGGCACUUGUGCAGCCACACUUGAAGUCCUUAAUUCUCAGAAAAAAUACUUUGGUAAAGCCUUAGAACUCUACCAGCAUAUUGAUCUCAAUGGUUGUCUCUUGAAAGCUGGGAUAAAGCCGAGCAGUUCAUAUUACAAGAUGACUGCUAUAAAGGAAGCUCUUACAAGAUUUUAUGGUGUAACACCAAAGAUCCAAUGCAUUCCUCCAGAAGAGGGUGAAGAAGCACAAACAAUUGGCCAGAUUGAAUUCUGCUUCACCAAAGAACUGCAGCUGGUAAACUGUGUGGCACUGGAGGGUGAAUCCAGCCCAAUGCAGGCUCACUUGAAGCUUGGAACUUCAGAGCUGUCGGUCUGCAAUGAUACUCUCCCAACCUAUUAUCCUUCAGAAGUCCAAGGUCACAAAUGAAGCCAUAAGAGUUUGAAAAACUUCUUAAACGACAACAAAACCCAACCUCAUGUAAUAUUACAAGCCCCUGUCCAUAUCACAGGUCUACAGGGAAGAUUUCUGCUGGAAAACACAGUUCUUUUGCUAUUAAAGGAGAGUGGUUCACAUAGUGGAUCAGCAUCAGAUCUACAGCUUGGUCUGGAUUUUUUGGCUUGCUUAUGGUUUGAAUCAAUGUUCAAAAGAGUUUGACAUGCAGUUAAGUCUGCCAUUUCAGCUGCUCUUUGGUUUUUACCAGUGAGUCAGGGAAAUUAAGUAAUUCUUUGUAUUGAAAGGAUGAUCAUCUCUCUGAGAUGAGGUGACAAUUUCUUAAGAAAAUACUGUAAACAAAAAACUAUGAGACCUGUCUGAAGGUCAAUUCCCAGAUAUAAUAGCCACUGCCUUGCAUAAUUGCUCUCCAGAAGUGCAGGACAGAGAGGUGUUGAACAUUUUCUCACUCAGGAAUCACAGUGGACCAAAGACAACUUUUGCAUAACUUCUUAGUGAAGUAAUAACUUUCUGCAAGUUUGGGCUCUUCUACCUAAAACAUCUCAGGGAGACUGUAUCUAUAGCCUUACCUGUUCUUUGAUUAUUUUUGGGGCAGUAGCUCCAUAUAAUCUUGAGGAACAACCAAUGCUAGAGCUUGAUGUUUAUAUAGGAGAACGCUAGCCCCUAGAAAUAUGUUGUUACUAAUUUUUAGUUGUGUUUGAGCAUUCAGCAUUUCUACUUGUGAGUGCCUGCACUUUUAUAUAAAAACAAGAUUGUCAUGUAAUCACUUUGUUCCAAGAAAAAGCUUUUUACAGAUGAAACAAUAAAUACUGAAGGAUUUUCAGUAAAAGGUACAGAUGUUGGCAUCUCUACCCCAUAAUGAUGAGCAACAUGCCACAAAGUUAGAUGUUUCCAAAGGGAACCAAAUUUUGAUGACAUGUUCCCCACAGUGCUCUGUUGAUCUAUGUGUCUCAAAUUGUGUUUCAAAGACAAUUAAGGCUCAAGGAACCAUCUGUUUGUUAGAAUAAUGUUAACUGUGAAAACAUGAAAUGCAAUAUUAGAAACAAAUUUGUUAUUUUGAGGGGUUAAAAACCAUUUACUCUGACUUGUGACUGUCCCUGUUUCUCUACCACCUUUCAUUUAAUGCUCUGUUACAUUUACAUUGCAGAAUGCUAUCUGUUUUUCAGGCUUUUCUUGAAGCUCAGAUAUUUAUUUAUUUUAACAGCCAAGAAAUUAUUAUGGUGUGUCAAACGAGUGAUUGUUGGGUUUGCCUGUUUUUCUGCAGUUGCUUUAAUUCCUCAGUCUUGUUUCUCAAUCAAAGGUAAAGCUGACUUUUGCCAAAAGGAGUCAGCAGAUACACAAGUCACAAAUGACCAAACUGCAGAAUAGAUAGUAUGGAUUCCAUGCAUUUUUUCAGCCUCAUUUUCAAAUGCAAGAAAUGCGAAGGAGCUGAUAAGUCUUAACAUUUUGAGAAGAAAAUAACAUAAUCCAAAAUGAGUGAGGGAGACAACAUGCCAGCAACUGAGUAAAAAUUGGCUGAGAAAAAGUAAAGCUUGGCUAAAACAACCUCAUGUACUCUGAAGUCCCAUUUAAAGGGACUUACCUGAAGUACUGUGUUGGCCUUAAAAAGCCCACAUCCACAUACUUUUUAUUACAGAUUAAAUAUUUAAAUUUUCUAUGGUGAACUUUUCAGUAGUAGCAAUAAAACAUUAUGUAUAAGACUACUGUUGCUUGGAUUUUGGCAAACCCACCUGCCUAACUUCUGGGUAGACACAAAUGUCUUUUAAAAGCUACCUACUGAUUUUUAUACAGAGAUGUGCCAAGACAUUAUGAAGUUUUAAGUGAUAUAUUUAGGGGAUGCUGUAAGUCUGUAUCUGGGCAGCCAGGAGAACAGAUGAAUGAAUGCUAUCACCACUUCAGAUCAUGUCCCAAGAUCAAAGAUCUUGUCCAGCCCUUUGUGUUCUCUAGCAAUGGCUCACAGCCAGUUGUGAGCCUUGUCAGUUGCUUUCCAUCAGAGUGAAUGUAAUUUCAAGAGCUGGAUUAAGGCUGUUUAAAUAAAAGAAGCAAACAAAGGUAUAUUGGGAGCCAUAAAAUUCAGUUCUGAAAAGUGUCACUCACUUCCUUGUGCAAUACAAAUUCUGUCAGCCUUGAAAAUUCAGCACAGCCUGGGGAUGAUGGGUCCUAUAUUCUUUUCUGCAUCAUUGAAUAAAUUAACUAAAUUCCAGCAGA